UUAAUUAUAACAUGUAAAUUAUAAAAUUAUUGUAUUUGAAAUAGUUAUAUAAAUAUUUAAGUAUAUGAUUAACAUUAAAAAUAUAUACCACUUAUGUUCUAAAAUAAUAAUUUAUGUAUAGAAAAAUAAAAACAAACACCCGUGCGGUUGCACGGGUCAAAAUCUAGUUGUUAUUGAAUUCGAAAUCUUAAGUCGUAACAAGAGGGAUACAUAAUUAAUGUAGACCACCAUAUAUCAAAUCCCGGCAGAUAAACGUAGUAUCUUAUCUCUUGAUAUAUACGCAAUUAUGAAAAUAGUGAUGUGAUUUGGGAAAACUAUAUGUAAUUUUUGGUUUGUAGUGUGGUGAUGGGAUCCCAUACUAAUCAUGUUACAUGGACAUGUGGGGAGAUUUAUUUAAACCUAGAACGUCAUGACGAUAGUGAUCUUGCGAAGUGCAUGUGUUGCUAAUAAUGCGAAUAUGCGAAUCAAUUCCCAUCUGGUAACAUUUCUUUAUAGCCGAAAAUAAUCAGGAUUGUUAGAGAAAUAUAGUUAUUGAAUAGAUCAUAGAUUGAUCUAAAUCUAACAUGCCAGGAUUGACAGCUAAUUUGAACGCACCUAGCUAUGCAAGUGCUGAGACAAGCAAACCCAAAAGUUAAAGAGCAAGAUAAGAAGAGAUUUCACGUUAACAAAAAAAAUUCUAUUUAUUCGUUAAAACAAAGGAUUUUAACUUUACAAGAGGAUAUGUUGAGUGAACAUCGCUUUUUUUUUUUGGAACGUUUCGAAUGAUACAUUUGCAUUACUAGCUACAUUCAAACUGAUGUAAUUUAUCUUCCAAAUAACAUUAUAUAGUUCCUAGCUACAUUCAUGAACGACAAACUGUAAGUAAACAACAUUUGAUUAACUAACUUAUGUUAUAGUAUUUGUUUUUCCUAUGAUGCGAGCACUGAACAUAUACUUGAUUAGUACCUGAAGUUACAAGAAAUAAAAAAACAAUUAACUAAACAUGACAGUCAGGUUAGAUUCCAAACUGACUGGGAUUGGAGUGAAGAAAAAGUAAACCAUGCCUCAUGAGAGAACUAAGAAAAAGUAAACUGACUAGACAUAUCUCUUACUUUCCCACAAGUCCAGUUAUAGAGAAAACUACUGUACAGUUGGUCCGAGAGGAUUUUUGUUUUUUUUCACAAUAAUAAUGUUGAAAUGAAGUUAAAUUCAAAACAAAUCUAGAGAACAGAUCAUAAAUCUUUCUUUUUGUCCCUCAAGGUUCUAUGCAUGAUGCUAUGAUGUUUGCUAUUGGUAGAGCCGUAGAGGGAAUCAACAAUUCAAAAAAAAAUUUCUUUUAUUUUUUUUUCAAAAAUCCAAAAGAAAAAAAAAACUUUAUGUUUGUCGAUCUAUACUUCAGAAAAAGUUAAUAUUCCGUUAAGAAAACUAUGUCAUAAUGAAACGAAGUGUUAACAAAUCGUGUAAUAAGAGGUGGACCAAUAAAUGUAUAAAAAAUGACGGAUGAGUCAGGGCAUAAAAUAGGUGGGCUACUCAGUAUUCCACACUCCACUUGUGUCAAGCACACAUUAUAAGCAGCGAGUCACAUGCCCUGACCCAGUUUUAAUGAGUUCUUCGUUCGCCAUUACCUUUUUCACAUCUAUAAAUAUAGCAAGUGACCAUCUCAAUGUGUUAUAUCAAACCUAGUUUUAUUUUCUUUAAAGCUUCUUUUCAACUGAGUAGAGUGAGUAAGAGAAUGUCUGCAAUAGAAUUUGACUUGGUUCUCCAUUGCAAUGGUCACACUCAAUUUGCAAGAUCUUUCAAGAAUGAAGUUGAGGGUGUGCCUGGAUCAGCAGCUUGGUUAGGCCGGGGUCUUUCUUGCGUCUGCGCUCAGCGAAGAGAUAGUGAUGCACAUUCUACCUUUGAUCUUACACCUGCUCAGGAGGAAUGCUUGCAGAGGUUGCAGAAUCGUAUUGAUGUAGCUUAUGACACCACCAUACCUCUGCAUCAGGAAGCUCUGAGGAAUCUCUGGAAACUUUCCUUCCCUGAAGAAGAGCUUCAUGGGUUGAUAUCUGAGCAGUGGAAAGAGAUGGGCUGGCAGGGCAAAGAUCCGUCAACAGAUUUUAGGGGUGGUGGUUUCAUUUCUCUUGAAAACCUGAUGUACUUCGCUAGAACCCUGCAGAAAUCCUUCCAGGACCUUUUGAGGAAGCAGGUUGGGGAAAGGUCCGUAUGGGAAUAUCCUUUUGCUGUUGCUGGUAUCAAUAUAACGUUCAUGCUUAUUCAGAUGCUUGACCUUGAAGCAGUAAAACCUCGAACAAUUGUUGGGGCAACUUUUCUGAAGUUCCUUUCUGAGAACGAAUCAGCCUUUGACAUUCUUUAUUGCAUUGCAUUCAAGCUAAUGGAUCAGCAGUGGCUUUCAAUGCAUGCCUCAUACAUGGAAUUCAACACGGUGAUGAAAUCAACAAGGAGACAGCUGGAGAGAGAGCUGAUGCUGGAAGAUAUAACGCAUCUUGAAGACUUGCCCUCCUACGCUCUUCUCUCUCAAUAGUGUGUGGGGUUAUGAUGAAUCUCAAAUUGGUUGUGGUUAAAAUGAGCGUGUAGUUAGGAAAAGAAUGGGGUUCGUUUUCUAACAACGUUGAGUUUUUUCAGUAAUUGUGUGUAGUGUGUUAAUUGAUGGAAGACGAUCGGGUGAUGUUAAUGUGUUAAUUGAUGGAAGACGAUUGAGUGAUGUUGUCAGUGUGUGGUGGUAAUAAAACAUUAUGGUGGCGGCUAACACUUGAUCUGUUUGUGUAAAGCUUUUACCCAUUGGAUUACUUAUAGAGA